UGCCUGAAUGGAGCUUUAGGGUCGUUCACUGUUUGUAUAAUUUAAUGAACAUUUAAGUAUAUACCCCAAUAUACUCCAAUAUACUCCUCAAGUGUCAUCAAGAAGGUUAAAAUUUAAUGAACAACGCAUACUGUUAUAUUAUUCAUUCGAUAUUGAUCAAGAAUUGAAUUACUUAUGUAAUUUGAUGGCUUUUUCACAAUCAAACUCGAGAGAAUUACAACAUAAGAAAAUCUUGGAAGAGCUACAGGUGAAAAAGCAAAUGUUGUUAAAGCAAGGUGUUGCACCAACCUUAAAUUCAUCAUUAGGUGUCUUAUCGACUGGUUCUGCAUCAAGUAUACCUACAACGCAAUCUAAUGAUGGUGUGACAAUCAGCGCAUCGCAAAGAGCAGCUUUGCAUAAUGCACACGCAGCUUCAUUCGGUUACUUUGUAACACAAGAUUCUUCCUUUGGAAACCUGAUAUUACCAGUUCUCCCAAGAUUCGACAGUAAAUGAGUUGUUAUUUUUGAAGAUAUUCAAUAAUUGAAUAAUUAAAUGUUACUGAAGACUAUGUAAAUACAUUAA